UUUCUCUUCAUGUAGCUCAAAACAUCUAUGCUUUCUUCAUCUUGUUAUCAUCACUACAACUGAAAAUAGUAGUAUCAAUUCCAAUCAUGGAAAACAUAUUUCUUUUCCUUGCCAUUGCGGUUUCUACUCUUUCGCUAUACUUUAUCUGGUUUUACCGCCUGUCUAGAAAUUUUACCGGUCCGAAAGUUUACCCGUUCAUUGGAAGCUUACCUGGUUUGUUUGCUAACCGGUCGCGUAUGCAUGACUGGAUAGCCGGUAAUUUACGUACAACAGGUGAUCUUGCUACUUAUCAAACAUGCAUUAUGGCUGUACCAUUCGUUGCUCGUAGACAGGGUUUGUUUACUGUCACUUGUCAUCCUAAAAACAUCGAGCAUAUUUUGCGUACACGGUUCGACAAUUACCCUAAAGGUCCGACAUGGCAAGCGGCUUUUCAUGAUCUACUAGGCCAAGGUAUAUUCAACAGUGAUGGAGAUACAUGGCUGAUCCAGCGAAAGACGGCGGCUCUUGAAUUCACUACAAGGACUCUUCGACAAGCUAUGGCUCGGUGGGUAAGCCGGACGAUUAAAUUUCGUUUAUGGGCCAUUUUAGCAAAAGCUGAAAGGGAGAAUACACCAGUAGACAUACAAGAUUUGUUGCUUCGCUUAACAUUCGACAACAUAUGCGGACUCACGUUCGGUAAAGACCCCGAGACGCUUUCACAAGAUUUGCCUGAUAAUCCAUUUUCCAGAGCUUUUGAUGCUGCAACUGAAACAACUCUUGAAAGGUUACUGUAUCCGGGUUUCUUGUGGAGAUUGAAGAAAGUAUUCGGACUGGGUACCGAAAUGAGGCUAAAACAAAGCCUACAAAUCGUUGAGAAUUACAUGAUGGAUGCCAUUACAGCCCGUAAAGAAAGACCCUCAGAUGAUUUAUUGUCCCGUUUCAUGAAAAAGAAGGACGUCGACGGAAACCAGUUCCCGACUUCCGUUCUCCGGCCUAUUGCUCUCAACUUUGUAUUAGCAGGACGUGAUACUUCAUCAGUUGCACUGAGUUGGUUCUUCAGGCUGGUCAUGACUCAUCCCAGAGUUGAAGAGAAGAUCAUUCACGAAUUAUCAACAGUUCUGAACGAAACGCGUGGAGACGAGAUCGAGAAAUGGGUUGAAGAUCCCUUGGAGUUUGAUGAGGCUGAUAAAUUGGUGUACUUAAAAGCAUGUUUGGCAGAGACGCUACGUCUAUAUCCGUCCGUGCCAGAGGAUUCAAAAUACGUGCUGAAGGACGACGUUUUGCCGGACGGGACUUUUGUAUCCGCCGGUUCAUCUGUCACGUACUCGAUAUAUUCAGUAGGGAGGAUGGAAACUAUAUGGGGUGAGGAUUGCAUGAAGUUCAAACCAGAAAGGUGGCUGUCGAACGAUGGCGAUCGGUUCGAAGCACCGAAAGAUGGUUAUAAAUUCGUUGCCUUCAAUGCUGGACCAAGGACUUGUUUAGGUAAGGAUUUGGCUUACUUGCAGAUGAAAUCUGUCGCUGCAGCUAUACUAUUGCGCUACCGUCUAUCGUUGGUACCUGGCCAUCGUGUCGAGCAGAAGAUGUCCCUGACACUUUUCAUGAAGACUGGGCUUCGUGUGAACCUGCAUCCAAGAACUCUCACCGGCAUCAAAUUCUGAACCAUUAUAUAUCUCAGCUGUGGUUAUUAGCUCCUUAUAUGUCAGGGGGUAUAUUUGUUUCAGUUUUUUCUGUUUUAUUUUUCUUGUUGUCAUUGUUGAAAAUACGCAUCAUUGUUUCGGGUACCUGUAAAAUCACUGAAAUCGUUUUUGUUUCAUUCAUCAGUUCUUAAUACAUGUUUGUUUUACUUGUUUGAA